AACAUAGUUUUAGGUACGUGUUACAAACAAUAUUUUUUGUUCAAGCUCCCAAAACACCUUAAAACCAUUUAUAAAAACGACUAAUUUUGACAAACGAAGCAAAUAUUUAUUGAAAAGUGGGCUAGUGGGCUGCCACCAUAGUAACUACAGUGUUUCGUAAACACGAAAAAACCUGACAUUUUUUUGCACAAAAUGCAGAAUCCUGCACAUAUUACGGAAAAAGCAAAAGAAAUCGUACUGGAUUUACUUCCAGCGAAGUCUCGGCAAAUGUACGAAAAGGUAUAUCAAAUAUUCCUACGAUGGAAAGAAGAAAAAAAAAUUGUAGUAGUAGAUGAAGAUGAAAUGUUAAAUUAUCUUCAUGAAAAGUCACAAGAAGUAAAACCAUCUACUCUCUGGUCAAAAUAUUCAAUGAUUAAAGCUGUUUUGUCUGUCAAAGAAAAUAUUGAAAUAAACAAGUUUUCCAGAGUCAUUGCGUUUUUAAAGAGAAAUUCAGUAGGAUACGAGCCCACGAAGUCAAAAGUUUUGACACGUCAAGAAAUUGACACAUUUUUGAAAAAUGCAGACGAUAUGAAAUAUUUAUUAUAUAAAGGUUGCCCUUCUUUUUGGUGUGUGUGGUGCAUGUAGGCGUGAGGAGCUACAUUCACUAAAAAUUCAAGAUAUUGUCCAAAAAGACGAAGAAUGUCUAAUUAUAACAAUUCCUGAUACUAAGAGCAACAUUAAGAGAGUCUUUCCAGUGAUAGCUAAAGGCAAAGCUGUCAAUGGCCUGGAAUUAUACCAGAAGUUUUUACGAUUACGGCCCGAGACAGUUCAACACGAUUAUUUUUUCAUUUGUUAUCGUAAUGGAAAAUGCACUGUCCAACGUGUAGGAAUUCAUUCUUUUGCGAAAAUGCCCUCGGUUGUUGCUGAAUUUCUUAACCUGCCCAAUCCCAAGGAAUAUACAGGGCAUUGCUUCCGACGAAGUUCUGCAUCUCUGGCGGCUGAUAGUGAUGUUGAUUUAAUCUCCCUGAAACGGCUAGGAGGAUGGAAGUCGUCUUCUGUCGCAGAAUCAUAUAUAGAAGAAUCUGUUGAAAGGAAGAAGAAGAUAUGCAGACAGUUAUUGGGAGAAAAGCAAAACGAACCAUCGACUAACACACUAUUAGUUACUACUGAAGCUACUUCCACGACAUCAAGAGACAUCAGCCUGAUACCUUCAAGCUCCUCAGGGGCACUUUUCCAACCAUGGGGCUUCCUAUUUUGCAUUGGAACGCAUUCUACCAUAAAAAGGAACAUAUACACAACUAUUAUGUCUCCAACAAACCGUAGGCAGAAUGACAGGAAACAAAGACGUACACAACACUCAGAGGUAGGGCGGAAAAAAACCCACGACCAAAGGUGUAGCGGGCAAGCGCCAAGCCAACUGAUCCUCCCGAGCCCACAUGUGGACAAAAAUCGUCACGGGUCAACAACAAUAUGUGCAUGAGUUGAUUGAAGAUGAUCCAGAUCGUAGACUACACUUUUGUGAAAUAAUGACAGAAUUUAUCAAUUACCUACCAGCCUGAUGUGCUAAAUCAAACAAUCAAACAGUCUUCUCUGAUGAAGCAGAGUUUUGUUUUAAUGGACCGUUAACAGGCACAAUUGUCGUUACUGGUUAACUGAAAACCUCAUGGGAUCAAGGAAGGCCAUAUACAGAAUCCUCAAAAAGUGAAUGCCUGGGCUGGUCUGGUUGGAAACCACAUUUUUCAUACGGGAAUUUAUUGAGGAACGAGGUUGUGCCAGCACUUGCAGCUCUCUUUCGAAGGAUUUCCCGCACGCUGGAUUUGACGCAGAAGGGCAACUGAAUGGCCAGCCUGUUCUCCAGAUCUUUCGCCUCUAGAAUGUUUUCUUUUGGGGUCAUUUAAAAUGUCAAGUGUAUAAAAAUCAAUCAAAUUAU